AUGGUCCCAAUAUGCAGAGGACACGAAAAGGGUGCAACCGAGAAGCACCAGAAUGGCAGUAUUGAAUGGAGAGGCAUUGAAGGAGAAGAGAUGCACUUGGGGUUUGUGACGGAUGAUGAUACUACUGAAAUAGUAGAGAGGUCGUUGAGAAAAGGGUGGACGGGGAGACGUGGGGAUGAAGGCAAUGUCUAUAGGGAAUGUAGAGACAUUGAUGGCAAGUGGGAGGUUGGUAGUAUCAUCAUCCGUCACAAACCCCAAGUGCAUCUCUUCUCCUUCAAUGCCUCUCCAUUCAAUACUGCCAUUCUGGUGCUUCUCGGUUGCACCCUUUUCGUGUCCUCUGCAUAUUGGGACCACCUUGUGCCUCACAACAAGCAAUUGGCCAUCACUGUAAGACGUCUUUCUGGGGAGAGUGUGGAUCUCAGCAAUGAAGUAGGGUGGUGUAGAGCUGGAGAGGUUGGAGGACUUGUCGACAUACGCAAGCUAGUUGGAGCCGCUUUAGCUCACUAA